UCUCUCUCUGUCUCAACUGCUAUCUUCAUUCUUCUUUGCCUCUUCUCUCUCAAAUAGCUCACUUUCUUCAAGGAAAUGGCAUCAGGAUCCAAUUCCAGUGAAGAUGAGGAAGAUGUAGUAAGAAGGGCUAGAAAUCUCACGAGAGCCACUGAGGGAGAAGUCUACCCGAACAUUGACAAUCGAAGCAACCUUAUGAUCGCACAACUAUUACAAGGCAUGUGGCUAGUCCAGCUUCGCGAGCGUAAUGAGUCUCAAAAGAUGGAGAAGAUUCCACUCAUGGAAUGGCAUGACGAGGACCAAUGCUUCAAGAUUGAUGGUGUCCUCUCCCCUAUGCCUCUUACUGAGAAGCCUCCUUUUCUAUCUGUAAUCAAGAGAGAUCAAAUGAAGAGAUCAUUCUAUAAAAAAGAGGAGAACGAUGACGUGGAGGAGCCCUAUAUAUCAAGGGCUUACGUCCUCAGCCUUCUCAAGCAACCAAUCAUGAGAGAGAGAGAAUCGCCACCUCAAGCGCCUCAAAUAGCGUGGAGAUGCCUUCAGGAGGAUAUUGUGAGCUCUCCGUUUAACGAGGAAAUGGUGGAGUUUCCGGCGUGGUUAAAUGAUGAGGAGAGCAGGGUGGAGAAGCAGUGUGUUGUUGCUCUUUAACAGGAUUCUGCUUUAACAUGAUUCUGGAAAUGGAAUGGGAUGAGGAGGAGCAGUGCAUUCAAGAUCAAUCAUGCCCUCUUCCAUAUACCUCAUUUUAUAAGCAUAGGCAUUAUGUUUAUUUUCAUAAAAUUGUGUAUGUAGGAACUAUGAUAUGGGAUCCCUCAUUCUUAGCAUAGUUAUUAUGUUUAGUUUCAUAAAAUUGUGAAUGUAGUAUGAUAUGGGAUCUCAUUUAUAAGCAAAGUCAAAUGAUUCUCUUUGUAUAGAGAGACAGAGAUCUUAUUUUUUUAUUCCA